GUGCAAAAACAAAAAGUAAAAAAAAAAAAUCUGAAAAUAACCCCACAAUUCUUGCUUUCCUGUCUAGCUAGACACUCAAAUCUUUUCCCUUCGCAUUCACAUUUUCCUUUCGGUUUUCUUCUCAUAAAUCUCAUGAACCUCGUGACCCUAAUCACCUCUAUAACAUGACUUUAAUCGCCAGCAAAAUUCAUCACUAUGCGCUCUCCUCAGCUCCUCCGUAACGGCCGCGCCGCCGGCGAAACACCGUCGCAUCCUCCUCCACCGUACUUCCACUCCACUGUCUCCGUACACAAAUUGAAACGUUUCAAUUUGUUAAUUCUCGUUUUUCGAAUUUCAACUUUUUGCUUCUGUCUCGCUUCUUCUAUUUUCAUGCUCACUAACUCUCGCCGCCCCGGUUCGCCCCGCUGGCACGAUUUCGACGCCUUCCGAUAUGUUUUCGCGGCGAACUCAAUCGUCGCCAUAUACUCUCUAUUCGAAAUGUCGGCUUCGGUUUGGGAAAUUUCACGAGGCGCUACUUUAUUCCCCGAAAUUCUACAGGUUUGGUUCGAUUUCGGUCAUGAUCAGGUGUUUGCGUAUUUGUUACUGUCGGCGGACGCGGCGGCGACGGCGUUUGUGAGGACGUUGAGAGGCGGAGACACGUGUACGGCGAGUAAUGCGUUUUGUGUGCAAUCGUAUGUUGCUGUAGCGUUGGGAUUUGCCGGGUUUCUGUUUUUAGGGUUGUCGUCUUUGCUUUCGGGUUUUCGGGUUGUUUGUUUUUUAAUUAACGGCUCUCGUUUUUAUUUUUGAAUUUUUAACUUAGUGUGAGAGAAGAGUAAAGUUUUUGGUUUUAACCUUUUUACUGUGGGAGCGAGAGUAACUGAGAUUGAUACGGUGUGACUGAGUGUCGUUUUGCUUUGGUGGAUUCUGUAUUUUAUUGUACAUAAUGCUUUUUAUUGUAUUGUUUGUGUAAAAUUAUUUUCUGACUAAUUAAAUUAGCUUCAAGUUUACUGUA